AUGGCAAGCAUGAUGCUGCCGAGGGUUUAUGAUCCUCGGAAACAGGUGUUCCUUGCUUCAGGUGCAGAACACACGCCGCCUGUUUUCGUGAGCCGCGGCCGAGUGCUUCGAGUCAAGAGAUUGUCACCCGUGCCUCCGGUCCCAGCGAGGUACAACUACAACGUUCAUGCAGCCAUGCAGCCCACUUUGGUCCCAGUGCAAAGCCACUAUCCAACUCUUUUGGCCGGACCUUCAGCGAGAUUGGUCCGCUAUCCCAACUGUUCGGUGCGGAAGCCGCUCAAGAAUGAAGCCUUGGCCCCCAAGGCCAGCAUCAGCAAGGUGCCAAUGUCCUGGAAGGCUCACGGCACAAACGGACAGGGACAUGACGAUCAAGUCGAUGACAAACCCGAGAAAUUCGAGUCUUGCAACAACAGCGCUGCA